AUGACAACGUGUCGCGGUUUAUUGGGCGCAAUAAUCACACUGCUGGUGUGCACAGUGCAACCGUUGCAACCGUUGUCGCAUAGUGCAACCGUUCCGCAACAGCAUACCGGCAUUCAAAGCUACAGUGUAACUGGAAAAUUAUUUUGUGGUACCCAGCCAGCUCCAGGUGUACAAGUUAAAUUGGUCGAUGAUGAUUUUGGAUCAGAUCCAGACGAUAAUUUGGAUGAAGGUUACACCGAUCAACAUGGUUAUUUCAAAUUGUCCGGUGGUACGAAUGAAAUGACGACUAUCGAUCCUCAUCUUAAAAUCUACCACGAUUGCAACGAUGGCGUUACUCCAUGUCAACGGCGUUGGAAGUUCGAAUUGCCGAACCACUACAUUACAAAUGAUAAAGUACCGCAAAAGACUAUCGAUAUUGGUACGUGGAAUCUGGAAGCUAUUAUGCCUGAUGAAAGCCAUGAUUGUAUUCACUAG